UUCAUAUCUAACGAGCUUACUCAAGGAAUUCCUCCUCACUCACUUGAGUUAUCCGAUUUCCGAGAUCAUCUUGAGGAAUUGGCAAGCGAAUAUGGAAUCACAAUUCGGACUGAUCUUGCAACUUCAGCCGACGAAAUGGAAUUAUUUGGUGCGGUAAAUCGACAAUUCAAACGAUUAUUCAAUACACAAGAGGAAUGCCGAACUUUUUAUCAGUAUGAUUGUGCACCUGAAGGAAAUGAACAUUGGGGUAUUGAUUCACCUGUUCAUUGCUUGCUUAAACCUUGUAAUUGGACUUCACACAUCAAUAUUGUUCCACAUAUGAAUGCACUGCAAGAAAAACAAUUGAAAAGAUUGAAACAAGCAAAUAGUAUGGAUGAACUACUUGCGUCUCAAAGCAGGUUCCUCAAUGUCACAGAUUUUAGUCUUGUGACAGAAUCAUUGAAACGUCAUGCUUAUGCAGUCAGAGAACCUCCCACUGCUAAAGCACUCAGAGUUACCACUCACAGGAAAGGAGCUUUAAGGAGUAGCAACUUAUGGUUGCAAAUUUAUAACAAUCCUGAAUUAUACAAAGAUUCAGAUGGAGUAGGAGGUGGAGGAGGGGAUGCCGAUGACACUACUGGAGAUGGUGAUACUAGUGCUCGUGGUUAUUCGAGUGGCACGACCCGCAAAGAAAGUUAUGAUUAUUCGAACACAAUGCAGAUGCUUGGAUUAGAUGAAGGAGAAGAUACCGCUAGUAAUGAUCCCACUGUGUUACAGGGGGCAUAUCUUUCUUUUCUUCAUUUGAGACAUUUGAAAAUGAGAGAUGUAAGAAGACAAUGUCUUUCUCUUCUUAACUAUUUCCGAAGCAUUGAACGUACAAUAACGAUAUAUGAUGGAGGACUUUCUCUUGAAGAUGAAUCUGCAGCGCCAAGAGAAGAAAUGAAUAAAUCUAUGAAAGGCAAAACCAAACAAGGAGAAAAAUCAUCAAAAUUCAAGAGACAUGCAUCGCAGAAAACUCAAACCAAUAAAUCCCAUGGUGGAAGGGGAAAAACAAGAGGUCUCGGAUCACAUCAUUAUAUCAAUAACACACCUGUUGAUUACAAGGUCGAAGAAAAUGAAUUCAUGGAAUUUGGUGGAAUUUCAAAUCAUGAUGAUUUUUAUCAGUUGGAAGAAGAAGCAGAUGAUGAUGAAAACAACGAUAGUGAUAAAAGAAUGCAUAUUACAGCGUCUGUUAAAAGAGGACAUUAUGUUCCUCAUGUUCAAGAUCAGAGAGGCUACUAUAUAAUAUAUGAACUUGGAUUAAAAGAUUUGAAGGCACUGGAAAAAAACUUGUUGCUUAUUGCUUCUCAUUAUAUUGAAAAAGACAAAGAUCACAGAUCUUGUGUUCGCCAGUCUUCGAGUGAACGAGGACAUCGAUCUCAUGAAGCAGCUGGUGAAGUUGAUUUAUCAUCUUAUGGGCAUCGUGAUGUAGAUAGGUUCGCUGUUCUACUCGAUGCAUGGACAUGUGAACUCAAUUUUCUUCACAAUAAGAGAGAGUUAUUGGAUUGUUUCCUGGAAGCUUACCACAACACAUUUGAUCCAAGGGAAAGAAGAGAACUUGCUCAGGCCAUAACUGAUAUCAUGUACCAACGUCCCCGAUAUGACUUGAAACAAGAUUACUUCAUACAAGCAUAUCGCAUGGAAUGUGCCUGCCUCCGAUUGAAGACAAGUCUAGUAAAACAGAUUUUGACUAAUCAGAUUGAAGAGAACAGACAUUAUGUUACUUCUAUCUCUCGUAAUUCAGAAGGAUUUGGAUUACCUUUUCCUAUUAUACAAAAACAACCAAUUGCUGUUAAUCUUCCAAAACCAGCACUGACACAUAUCCACAUGUUCGAAUUUCAUCCGUCACUUGGAGCAACUGCAAGCAGAAUUCCAGAAGCAUUGAGACAUGCUCUGAGAGAACUAACACAGAUGCACAAACCACAGAGUCAAAUUGAAGUGAUUAGUAUUGAAAAGCAAAUGCUGGAACUUGCAAUACAUGAAUGGGAAGGAAUGUCGGAACCCGGAUCGAGUUAUUCAUCACAAGUUCAGAAAGAUUUGUUUUCUGAUCAAUACUGCGGUGAUCCUAUGUUGAUAAAAGAUGCAGUGGAAUCAUUACUGGCUGGGGAAGUUACUGAGACUGAUACUAGAACCAAUGCAGAGCGACAAAGAAGAGCUGCUGAUGUUUGGAAAUUAUCUCUCGAAACUAUGUUACUUCGACAUAGAUUGAAAGAAGCUGCAUGGGAAACUGAAAUCUUGUCCAGAAUAUACAAACAUUCUGCAGAUGAGAUGGGAUUCGGAGAAUAUCAUUUGUACUUGAGACUUUCACAAUUUGAGGUUGCAAGUCCUAAAUUAAAGGCAGAUCCAGCACCUUCAUCUGUAUCUCGAUUUAUACCAGACGAUUCAACUGCAGACAGAUUUGUUCCAAAUCACCUCCUGCUGGCCGCAAAUGAGAUCGAUGAAGUCCAUUUACCAAAGUUUUCAUUUUAUGACAAAACUUCUUUCAUGACAAUUUUGAUGGAAAACAAUGUUCUGGAAAAUCUGCGAUUAUCAGUCGCUUGUCAGAUAACACAUAAGAAUUCAUUAAUUGUAGCAGUAACGCAGGCAACAACAUGUAUGCAUUGGAAAGAUCCAAAACCAGCUUCAAUGGCUGAUGGGAAGAGAGGAUCAAUGCUCGAUGCUUCAGAUACUCGUAGCACACAUAGUCUCUCAUCAACUCAUACUCAAGGUACCGCAAGAUCAGGAGCUAUUUCACCUGGUGGAACAACUGCCCGUGGUCAUCAUGGUACUCAGAAAUAUUCUAGUAAACUUACUUUUGGAUUUGAAAAGCAAAAAAAGCAUGAUAUUGGUAAUGAGAAACAUGUAAGAUUUACUGAAGAAUCUUACGUUCCUAAGAAGAAAGAUGUAUCUCAAGAACCUUUUAUAUCGAUACAAAAAGAGAAAGUGGGACCACGAGAUGUCGUUGUAAAUAAUUUCAUUAAAAAGAGAGAGACCGCAGCUUUAAUGUUGAAAAAACCUGGCGAAAUAGAAAAAUUAAAACGUCAACUUAUUACUGAUUUUUGUAAAGAAUAUUCAUUCAGAAUGGGAUUGCAUGCUACCAGAUGUCAGAUAAUUGCUUGCUAUUCAAGUAUUUUGUCUUUGUUAGAAGAUUUUCCUGCCAUGAGAGAUUCAUAUUUUAUGCUGGGUAGACCGAAUGAAAAGAAAAGAAAAUUGGAUGAUGCAGAAGGAAUGACGCCAGAUCCAAAAACUUUACAUCGACGCCCUCGUCGUGUUUUAUCGAGUGAUGGAGACAAUUUUCUCAAUUUGUGGUUUAUUCCCCAUUUCACUGAAGUUCUUUUUGCAUUUCGAAAUAAGGAAUAUUCAACUCAACAUAAAAUAUUAUCCUGUUGGCUCACGAUUGCAUCGUCACUUCAUGAUAUCAUACAAUGCCUUCAUGCUCAUUCAAGACUCGGUAGCUCGAGACAAGCUGUUGUGGAAAACACUGGAUUUUCUGUAGCAGCAGAUUGGGGAGGAAUGGAGGGUGUUGGUGCUGAAAUGAUUGAAAUUCAAAAACAAAUAGAGCAUCUGAGUAGUGGGACUGUAUCUCAUGCAAAAGAUCCAAUGAUGGUUGCGGAAUUUUUGAAACUUCGUAAAGAUGUUAUGUUCUUGGAAUUUGAUGCAGCUGUUCGACAUUUUAUCAGAAAACUCUUUCUUGAAACUGAAAACAAAACGGCUUAUCGUGCUGUAACAAGGGGAAUGCAUUUUGCACUUCCAGCGUUGUGUGAUACAAUACAACCGAGUAUUUUUCAAUUUUUUAUUCAUGUUCCUGAACCUCUUGAUGGGGGAGAUGAAACAGCAGAAAGAUUAUACCCAUGGAUCAGCUUUGAAGGUUCCAAUGGUGCCUUUCCAUCAAUGUAUAGAAUGCAAUGGAGAGAUAUAGAAAAUUGUAUGCAAUUAUGUCUUGCAUCCUUGGAUGAUAUCGAAAGGCAAAGAGCUAAUGGGGAAAUAUUAGGAACAUCGAUAUUAUAUCAAGAUGUUCUACAAUCUGGAAUCGAACAACUGAAGUCUUUGAAUGAACUUCCUGAUGUACCUGUCAAAGGAUUUAUUGCUGCAAACCCAAUUGGAAAAUCUGCUGCUGGAUCUCGACCCACCAGUGGAGUCGUGCAAAAACAGGUUCCCGAAGAUGCAGGUACUGUGGAACGGUUGUCUGCAGAAAAAACAGAUGAUGAUGAUUCUAAAAAACCUUUAUCAAAGAUGGAACAGCCAAUAUCCUCAUACAGAUUAAUUAAAUCCUUCUUCUUAUUAUGCAAACAACUUGAUAUAUUGAAAAAUGAUUGGGGAGCGAGAAAAUUACAUGUUGAAAAAAUUGAUUCCCCUGCACUUUUAUAUGAAAUGAAACGAGUCUAUGCUGCAGAAGUAUAUUUUCCAGUGCUACAAACCAUUGCAAGAGACAUGGGAAUGUUAGAUUAUUAUGAUGAUAUUAUAUCUGAAGAAGAAAUGGUUUCUCCACCGCCUGGUGCUCCUGAGAUAACUAUCAGAGCUAGACAGGUGAUUCAACUUCUUGAAGCAUUAGAAUGCAGAAUGUUGAAAGACGUUCGUCGCAGAGUAUCUCAAGAAAUGUCACUCGUACUUGCCGAGCGAUCAAGAGAAGAAACUGCACUACCUACUGAUCUGUGGAAGAAAGCAUCAAUCAGGGAAACCUUCACUGUUAACAGACCUAAUAUUGUAGAAGACUUUUUGCAUGGAUUGAUGGGUGAAGAUCAAUAUGUUGAGGAAAAUGGUAAAAUUACAUUUACGAAUGAACAUUUAAAUGGUUGUGUAUUGAGACUGGCAGGUGCUGUCACGAAACGAGAAAGAGAGAAUUAUGAAAUGUAUUCAAUGUUUUAUGAAAAUAUUCUCCGUCAUCAUCAUCACUUGUUAUAUCAGAAGGAAUUAGAACUCAGAUCACUGAAGUCCAAAACCAAUGGUAAUGGAGGUGGAAGUCAGAUCCAAGCACAGUUUCAACUUGCUGACAGAAGCCAUGAACUUAUACUUGAGAUAACAGCAUUGAGAUCAACAAUUACAGAAAUGAGGCAACAAAGUCUUAAUAAAGAACAAACUAUAAGACAAGAAGUACAGAAAGAUUAUCAGGAACUUGUACAAAGACUGUUUGAAGAAUGUUUUCAACUGAAAGCAAGACUUGCUCAAUAUCAUAUGUCAUUGCAUGAGAAUGUACGACUGUUGAUCUCAGAAACAAGGAAAGAAUCUUUAGAAAUGUUGGAGAAAUUAAGAAACAAGAACUUAAAUUCCGCAACAGAUGAACGACUGAAGAUUUUACAAGCAAAGGACGAUCAAUUGAAACAAGUACAACAAGAAAAAAGUGUGUUGAACAUACUAAUGAACAAGCUUCAUGCUUUAAAUCAUUGGAGAAGAUCAACUAUGGAUGAACAAAACAAAAAGAAUGUUGAAAAAUUAAGUCAAGAACUUUCCAAGUACAAGAAAGAACUGCAGUCUUUGCAAUUCAUAUCGGCUCAAAAUAAAACCUUAUUGGAAGAACAAUUACAAGGAGCAAGGAAAGCUUUGGAAGUAGCUGACUCUAGACUUAAACAAGCACAAGGACAAGUAGAAAAAGAACAAAGAGCACAGAAAGAACGAGAAUACAGAGAACAGAAGGAAGCCAGGAACAGACAACAACUCGCAGACGCACAAAAGAAAGAUAUCGAUCGAAUGUUGAUUGAAUUAGAAGAAAAAGAUAAGAGAUUAAAAUCAGUAACUGCUGAUAACGAGAAAUCUGCAAAACUGAAUCACGUGAAUAAUACGAAAGUGGAAAGAAAAAUCAAGACCAUUCAAACUCAGCUCGCAGUCGAUAGAUCGCUUAAAUUAGAAGCUUUUGAUAGGGUGGACGAUCUACAUGCUCAUAUCAUGGAUUAUGAACAUUCACAUUUCAAUUCUGGUGGAAGUUACACUCAACCAUUAAGCAGAGCCACAAGUGCGGCAACGAGUCGCGUGAAAUCAGCUGUUGGACUUCGAAGCAUUCUCAGUAGUGCUGGUCCACAAUCAGCUAUCAGUAUUGGUAGUCCGCCUUAUACACCACGGGUGAAUAUGAGACCCCUGAGUUCUAUGCCUGCAUACAAUGGCGCUGAUAGUUACCAGGAGACACCAUUGCUGCAAAGACCGAAAACGGCAUCCGGACGACUGAAAAGUAAAAUAGCUGCGACUUUACUGUCAGAGAUCGACCCGCCACUAGAUAGUCAUGGGACUGUCGUUAAACUCCGCGAGAUAACAACAGGAAGAAAGUAGACACGAGGGAAUUGAAUAUAUUGUAAAAACAUAGUGUUGCUGAAAUUCGAUACUAUUUUAUUAUUUUACCCAUUUUUUUUACAUUUUCAUAGGAAUUAAUACACAGAAGGGUAUUAAGCUUUGUUUUCGUGUCCUCUGCAUCUUUUUAGUAACACUAGAACAAAUU